AGGUGCCUUGAGUCGAGUGACAAUUUGCACUCCCACUACUACCAUCGUAACUUGACCUUCGGCACGGUUUACCUUUCGGAGGGAUGAAGUGUGUUCGACAUUUCCCUAAGAUUACUUAAGUUUUGGGCCGAAGUAGAUCGUGGCGACCUCCAAGACGAGAGAAACAAGUCGAAAAUGCAACCUCGUGUCUCAUCGGUGGGGUCGAGGUGCGGGGCCUCAAUCCUCGCUGCCCACGAGGCCUGUGUCGCGUAUAAAGAGCAGGAACGGCUGCAGCGGCGGCGCACGUCCCGUCUGAGUACGCUCUCCACGCGAACCGGCACGUCUCGACUGACCACGACGAGCACGAGGACGAGCUCCAUCCGUCCGUCCAUCUUCCAGCUGGAUCGAGCUCGUCUGACCAUCCCGCUACUCGAAUUCGAGAAAAACCGUCCCAUUCCGGAGGAGGGGCUCCUGCCCGCGGGAGAGUGAUGAUGAUGAAUCUCCGGUGGACGCGUCGUGGUCGUCGCUACUGCCGCGCCUUUUUUCCGGAGCCGUGCCCCUGUUCUUCAUCGGCGUCCAGUUCGCGUUCAUGAAGAUGACGGACACGGCGCUCGCGGGGCACGUCGACGCUUUUUUCCUCACGGUGACGGCUUUUUCCGACUUUUACACGCAGCUCUACAGCCUCGUCACCAACUCCCGGGUUCUUGGGUCGCUCGCCGCGCCCGCCUUCGGCUCCCAGAACUACCAACUGGUCGGGGCCUACCUCCAAACGGCACUCCUGGUUCUGUUCACCCUGGCCAUUCCGGUUGUUCUUUUGAACUGCUGUGCCGCGUUUGUCCUUCGUAACCUCUUCGACCUCCCUGCCGCGGUCGCGGACCUGUCGGGGUACUACGCGAUGGUGCUGAGUUUGUGUCUGCCCGCACAGAUUUUGAUGACGCAGAUGAGCCAGUUCCUGGUGGCACAAGAGUGUGCGGACUUGGUGGUUGGUACCGUCUCCAUCGGGCCGCCGGUGUUGAACUUAUUGCUGGGCCUGCAAUUAGUGCUGGGAAUACCGCUGGCUGCCUACGGGUUUGGAUUUUCUGCGUGCCCUUUCGUCACGGUGGUGGUGGAGUGGGUGGGGCUCGCCGCGGUUUUUUUGGCAAUGCGCGCGAAGACGAGUAGGAGUGUAUUAACUACAGAAAAUAAUAAAACGGCCGGGGUCACGACGUUCACGACCUCUGAGGGGAUAGUGAUUACUUCUGAACAAGACACGACCGGGGUUGAAGAUGAGAUCAUCACGAACACGACAAGAGACGUGUGGCGGUGCUGGCCGACCCAAUCCGUCAUCUUCGACAGGAAGUACCGAAACGAAAUCAUCCUGCCGAAAGUCCGCCCCUUCCUCGAGCUGCAUCUCCCCCAAGUCCUCUCGCUGUCCAGCGACUUCUGGCGGCUGUCGGCCAUUGGGUACAUGGCCAGUUGGCCGAGCAUCAACGGCGCAGGGGUUUUUAACGCAGGGUACAGAAUCGCGGAGCUAAACAUGACACUAACCUCCUCGCUCGCAACUGCGGGCAAUAUGCUGAUUGGGGCGAGCCUGGGCAGGGGGGACGGAGAACGCGCCCAAGAAGUGUACCGGAAAACGCUUUUGUUGGUGAUUUCGAUCCUGGUAUUCACCAGCGCGAUUUGGUUAUUGUUCCCGCGGCAGGUCGCCAGAGUCUUCGCCACAGACGAAUCCUUCUUGGAGAGCUUCGAGGGGGUUUCGCUGAGUUUCUCCUGCUUCGUGUUUUUCAUGAACCUCGCAGUGGCGCUGGAGUCCGUGCUCCUAACGCUGAAAAAGAGCAACACUGUGCUGAAAGCAUCCCUGAUGGGCUCCUGGCUGGGGCAGGUGCCUGCGGUGCUCUUGUCGCUCUGGUUUCUGGGUCUCCAGCUGGAGAACAUCUACUGGGGAGUGACCAUUGGAUAUCUGAUUUUGUGCUUGCUCUACUGGCAAGCGCUGAGAGAGGUGGCGUGGGACCGGGAAGCGGAACUUGCGCAAGACUUCAUGGACCAGUAA